AUGACUCCAGACAGUAAAGGGUCUCAUAUUGUUGGAAUUGGAGAUAAAAUUAGGGGUAUACUUCGUAGGACUCAUGCUGACCAGUUUCUGGUGAUGUUCAAAGAAGUGGGAAGAAAACCCCAUACUUUUGGGGAUGCAUCAGUCAUUGCCCUGGAAUUACUAAAUUCUGGAUAUGAAUUUGAUGAAGGAUCUAUCAUCUUUAAUCGAUUCAGGUCUGUCAUCUCCUACAAGACAGAAGAAAAGCCCAUCUUUUCUCUUAAUACUAUUGCAAGUGCUGAGAGCAUGAGUAUCUAUGAUGACAUUGAUGCUGAUGUGCUGCAGAAUUACCGGGAAUACAGUCUGGCCAACAUCAUCUACUAUUCUCUGAAGGAAUUCACCACGAGUGAGCAAAGUGCCAGGAUGACAGCCAUGGACAAUGCGAGCAAGAAUGCUUCUGAGAUGAUUGACAAAUUGACUUUGACCUUAAACCGCACCCGCCAGGCUGUCAUCACAAAGGAGUUGAUUGAAAUCAUCUCCGGUGCUGCGGCUCUGGAUUAAUGAAAAUCAAGUUUCGUCCUCCGACAAGAGGUAAAGAAGGAAAAUUCAGCCAGCUGAUUUGUUUUUAGCUUACUGCUGUCCUGGUCAGAAGAAAUUAUUGGUCCAUUGUUUAAAUUACUAAAGACAGCAAGAUAUUUGUAAAUUAGCUUACAAUAAACAGCCUACAAUAAAAAAA